GCUGAUAUUGACACACUAUGUGUAGCACCAAGGCAUGUUGAUCGGCAAGACUUUUUUGGGUCAUUCUAUGAAAUGCUCAAAGAGGAUGAGAAUGUCACUGAUCUGCAUGCAGUAGAAGACGCUUUCGUUCCUGUAAUCAAGCUCAAAUAUGCCGGAAUCGAGCUUGAUAUCCUCUUUGCUAGAUUAGCAUUGAAAGAAAUACCGGAUGAUCAAACGUUAAACGAUGACAUGUUGUUGAAGAAUCUUGAUGACAAAAGCAUACGUUCGCUAAACGGAUUUCUUGGCGGAGUGACAUGGGCUAUUUUGGUGGCAAGGACAUGCCAGCUAUAUCCCAACGCUUCUCCAUCGAAGCUCCUGUUAAAGUUCUUUCUUGUCUUUGUCACAUGGGAAUGGCCAUUACCAGUAGUGUUGAAAGACAUGGAUUCUGCCAAUCGUCCGGAUAUUGGGAACUUGCAAGAGCUAGUAUGGGAUCCUCGUAUUCGUGGUUCAGACAGGUGA